GCGUCUCGCUGUACCUGCUAGAUGUCUUAAAUCAGCUCUUUUAAAAGGCUGCAAGAUUUUAAAGGUGCACCAAAAGCAUCUGAAUGCAGCGCCAAACUCACGUUUGUGUCCGUCCGUGCAGCGCGCGCGACGCAUAAAUCACAAAAUUGUGUUACAAGUGACACGCGCGGUAAUUAGCUCCGGUUCAGCUCAGCCCCUCCAGUCCGAGGAGGCAGCUGGGGAGGGAGGGGUGGUCCUGAAGAGGAGGUGGGAGGUAGGGAAGAGAAAGUGAGGAAAGUUCUCUGUAUGUGACAGAGAAGACACCUUUUCUACAUCGGACUUUUAUUUAUUUAUUAUUGUAUGUCAUUUUACCGCUGCAUGGCCGUCUCCAUCCGUCCAUUGGAGGUCAAACAGGAGAGAAGUCAACGAGAGUUGAAAUUCAUCAGAAAGCUUUGCUAAUUUACCAGUUGCCAGCAGUUGGCGCACAGACGCACUUCUAACCGCACGCGUCGCGCAGAGAUAGUGGUGGUCAUAAUAAUAUUAUCUUUCAAUGCAGCAUGAUGAAUCAAUGGAGGAUAGUACGCGUCUCACGGAUCCAGCUGCUGCUGCUGGUCACUUUCUUCUACGUUUCAAGAGCAGCUAAUCCUAUUGACAUCCUCAAGGUCCUGGAGCUGUCAGAAGACAUGCAGGGUGUCUCGCUGGAAGCAGGACUGUGUACCAGCAGGAAGGGACAAGAGGAGACGGACCUCUCCUUUAAAAUCGACAAGAAGAUUCAGCUGAGUGUGCCCACAAAGCAGCUCUUCCCUGAUUUGCUGUUUCCUGUGAAUUUCUCAGUGAUGACGACAGUUAAAGCUGUAAAAGGAUCUCAGGUGUUCCUCCUCUCCCUGUACGACACACAGGGCACACAGCAGCUGGGGUUAGAGCUGGCUCGUUCUCCAGUUUUCCUGUACGAGGACCACGAGGGUCAGCCAACUCCAGAUCUUUACCCCACCUUUAGAAAGAUCAACCUGGCUGAUGGCAAGUGGCACAGAGUGGCCUACAGUGUGGAGGGCCAGUCGGUGACUCUUUACUUGGACUGUGAGAAGGUGGACACCCUGGACCUGCCCAGGGGUCACGACCCCCAGGUCAGCACUGACGGUGUGACCGUUUUCGGGACUCGCCUGCUGGAGGAUGAUGUGUUUGAGGGAGAAAUCCAGCAGCUGCUGCUGGUCGAUGACCCCAGAUCGGCUGAGUCGUACUGUCAGGACUACAUCCCAGACUGUGAUGCACCUUUACCCUACAAGAACAUCCUGACAGAGGCUGAGGAGACAGAGAGACCAGCGAGGAAACGCUUGGUGGAACAGUUUGAAGAGUUCGACUACAGUGACCUUUAUGAUGACCUCUCCAUGUCCAACGUGACUGCAGGUCAGAACAUGACCGAGUAUGAGGUUGUGGAGUAUGAAGACUAUGACAACACAACCAACUACUAUCAUGUGAAGGAGUAUGAAUACGAGGAGGAGUACGACGAGCGCUACGGACCCGCAGAAAGAGAACGAGAAUUCUCACUUAACACACAGAAUUUACCAGAAAAAGGAGAAAAGGGAGAACCAGGCCUUCUGGGAGCUGGAACACAGAUUACAGGACCAUAUGGGCCUCCUGGACCUGAGGGAGAACCAGGACCUCCUGGAAUCACAGGACCAGUGGGACCUCGAGGAGACCCUGGAGAGCUGGGUCCUCCGGGGAGGCCGGGCCUUAAUGGAGCUGAUGGGAUACCGGGUCCCCCAGGGAACAUCAUGCUCAUACCGUUCCAGUCGGGUGGAGAUCCGAGGACAGGUGCUGUGGUUUCUGCUCAGGAGGCUCAGGCUCAGGCCAUCCUGCAGCAGACCAAGCUGGCGAUGAAGGGACCUCCAGGGCCGCUGGGUCUCAGGGGAAGACCUGGACCUCUGGGUUCUUCUGGUCCCUCUGGUCUGAAGGGUAGCAGCGGGGAGAUGGGACCUCCUGGUCCUCCUGGACUGCCGGGAAUCCCAGGUCAGAAUGGACGACUUGGAAAACGGGGACGAGCAGGUGCAGAUGGAGGACGUGGAGCGAUAGGAGAGACCGGAGCCAAGGGAGACAGGGGCUUUGACGGCAUGCCUGGUCUCCCAGGACACAAAGGACACAAGGGUGACAGAGGGAAGCCAGGUCCUGUUGGUCCAUCAGGAGAGCUGGGGGAAAAGGGCUCUCAGGGACCAUCUGGCCCAAGAGGUCAACCAGGUGAUGCCGGCCCCAGAGGUCUGAAUGGCCCCCGAGGGCGCCCUGGACUCCAAGGCCUGCCGGGAAUCCGAGGGAUCGAUGGAGUCCAAGGUUCAAAGGGAAACAUAGGACCACAAGGAGAAAUUGGAGCGCCUGGUCAGCAAGGCAAUCCUGGGAUCUUGGGGUUUCCUGGACCUCAGGGGUUAGUGGGACUACCAGGAGAGAAGGGCCCUCAAGGGAAGAAAGGGACGCGGGGCUUACCUGGUAAUGACGGGCCGCCGGGUCACCCUGGAAGAGAAGGCACUCCAGGUGAAAAGGGAUUGCCGGGCCCCGUAGGAGUGCAAGGUCCCGUUGGUUACCCCGGACAACGAGGAGUUAAGGGAGCAGAUGGUAUUAGAGGAUUAAAAGGGAGCAAAGGAGAAAAAGGUGAAGACGGUUUUCCGGGAGCCAAGGGAGAGAUGGGAGCUAAGGGAGAUGUUGGGGACAAUGGAGCUACAGGGAUCCGGGGUGAAGAUGGACCUGAAGGGCCCAAAGGCCAGUUUGGUCCUCAGGGAGAGGCUGGUCCUGCUGGAAUUCCUGGAGAAAAGGGGAAACUGGGAGUUCCAGGACUGCCGGGAUAUCCGGGGCGACAGGGGCCCAAAGGUUCUGAUGGUUUUGUUGGUGCAGUGGGACCUGCUGGAGAAAAAGGGAAGAAGGGUCCAGCAGGACAACCAGGAGGUGGAGGCCAGAGGGGGUCAAACGGUGCACGAGGUGCCAGAGGGGCGAGAGGCCCCACUGGGAAACCGGGAGAAAAGGGAGCCUCAGGACAUGAUGGGCCUCCUGGAUCUCCUGGAGAAAGAGGACCUCAAGGGCCACAAGGAAGAAAUGGAGAACCAGGACCUAAAGGGUCGAGUGGUCCAGCUGGAAAGGAUGGACUUCCAGGUCACCCAGGUCAGCGAGGAGAACCGGGUUUCCAAGGAAAAACAGGAUCCCCAGGACCUCCCGGUGUGGUGGGACCGCAGGGCAAAUCAGGAGAAUCUGGUCCAAUAGGAGACAGAGGUCAUCCUGGAGCACCUGGUGUGCCCGGAGAGCACGGCUUACCUGGAGCCGCCGGGAAAGAGGGUGGAAAGGGGGAUCCUGGCUUACCUGGAACUUCUGGGAAGAGUGGUCCACCUGGUCUGAAAGGGUUCAGAGGGAGCAGAGGAGCUCCUGGAGUUAUGGGACCACCUGGUCUGAAAGGAUCAUCUGGACCUGGUGGAUCAUCAGGGGUCAUUGGACCAACAGGAGAAAGAGGUCCUCCAGGACCAGCUGGAGCUAUUGGACAGCCGGGUCGCACCGGAGCAAUCGGAGGACCCGGACCAAUGGGAGAAAAGGGAGAACCUGGUGAGAAGGGACCAAUAGGACCCGCAGGCCAGGAUGGGGAUCAGGGACCAGUAGGGAUGCCUGGAGCUACGGGCCCUGCGGGACCACCUGGAGAUGAUGGGGACAAGGGAGAGCAGGGAGGACCUGGACAGAAAGGCAGCAAGGGGGACAAAGGAGAAGCAGGGCCUGCAGGUCCUACUGGUACUCAGGGGCCAGUUGGUCAGUCAGGACUUCCAGGCGUAGAUGGAUUGUUAGGUCCUCGGGGCCAGCAGGGCAUGUACGGUCCAAAAGGUGAUGAGGGACUGCGUGGCUUUAAGGGUGCUAAAGGACCAAGAGGAUUACAGGGCAUGCCUGGUCUACCUGGAGAAAAGGGUGAGAGUGGACACGUUGGAUUAAUGGGUCCACCAGGGCAACAAGGCCCCGCUGGUGCUCAAGGACCUAUUGGGGGAAUUGGACAGACUGGUAGACCGGGGAUGAUUGGACAACCAGGCAGUGUUGGAGAAAAGGGAGAGGAUGGAGAGGCAGGUGAUCCUGGACCAGUUGGUAUUUCAGGAAGACCAGGAGAUAAAGGAGACCAGGGGGAAAAGGGGGACGCGGGUCUUCCAGGAGCAGCAGGUCCUGCAGGAGCCAGGGGCCCUCCAGGAGAUGAUGGAGCCAAGGGGAAUGCUGGCCCGAUAGGUCUGACAGGUGACCUCGGACAGCAGGGAGAAGCUGGUCCCAACGGUAUCGAUGGCCUUCCUGGAUCUAAAGGAGAUAUUGGCGAUCCUGGAAAAUCUGGACCACCAGGACCACCAGGUGAGCCGGGACCUCCGGGACCUCCUGGGCGAAGGGGCCAUUUGGGGAAACCAGGGAAAGAGGGAAAAGGAGGUUUAAAAGGAACAAAGGGAGCUCCUGGAUUGGAAGGUCCCAUUGGAAAGACAGGGCCCGUUGGAGCUCAGGGGCAUCCUGGGAAUCCCGGUCCCCAGGGACUGAGGGGAAUCCCCGGCCCUGCUGGUGAGCAGGGUUUAAACGGACCACCGGGUCAGACAGGACCUCCAGGUCCCAUGGGCCCACCAGGUUUACCAGGACUUAAAGGAGACCCUGGCAGGAAGGGAGACAAGGGCCACGGUGGUCUGAUAGGUCUGAUAGGACCUCCAGGAGAUAUUGGGGAAAAGGGAGACAGAGGACUUCCGGGAAACCAGGGACUUCAAGGUCCAAAGGGAGAUGAGGGUUCAGUUGGCCCAUCCGGUCCACAUGGUCCCCCUGGCCCCACUGGAUUGUCUGGGGCUAUUGGUGAAAAAGGUUCCAAAGGAAACCAGGGUCCAAUCGGCCCCAGAGGAGACGAUGGACCUGCAGGGCCUCCAGGACCCCCGGGACGUCCAGCGAUUGGGAUUGCACCUCUGCCAGAGCGAGGAAGGAGAAGAAGAACGCAUGCUGUGGUGGAUGGUGCUGCACUGGAAAACGAGGUGCAGGAAGCCAUAGGUGGAGGAGAGGAGGGAUGGAUACAAGGCGACCAGGCGGAGCAGGAAGGUUGGAUGAAGGAUAAUGAUGGUCAGGGCAUGGAGGAGGUGUUUGCGUCCCUUUCAUCCAUAAAAGUGGAGGUAGAAGGACUGCGUAACCCACAGGGGACAUACCUCAGCCCCGCCCGCACCUGUAAGGAGCUCUGGCUCCUCCAUCCAGACCUCCCCAAUGGUGACUAUUGGAUAGAUCCCAACCAGGGUUGCCAUAGAGACUCUUUUAAGGUUUUCUGCAACUUUACUGCUCAGGGAGAAACGUGUCUGCACCCAGACAGCAAGUUCCAGUCGGUGAAACUAGCAGCCUGGAAGGGGGAAAAUCCUGGCACCUGGUACAGUAAAUUCAGGAAAGGGAAGCAGUUCUCCUACUCAGCCACGGAUGGCGUUUCCAUCCAUGUAGUCCAGUUGAACUUCCUGAAGCUGCUCAGCGCCACAGCCAAGCAGACUUUCACCUACCACUGCCUGAACUCGGCCGCUUGGCUGCACACCGCCUCCUACAGUUACGAACAUGCACUGCGCUUCAGAGGCAGUAACGGCGAGGAGCUCACGCAGGAGAACACGCAUUACAUCAGCGCGUUGUACGACGGGUGUCAGACACGCUCAGGGCAGGAGAGGACGGUACUGGAGCUUGACUCUCCAGUGUCCUACACGCUCCCCAUCAUCGAUGUAGCUGUGUCCGAUUUUGGAAAAGGAAACCAGAAAUUUGGUUUCCAGGUUGGCCCGGUUUGCUACAACGGGUAACGAGAGCAGGAGAACCUACUGCAGGGAUAAUUUAAAAAGAGAAGAGGCAUGGACACCUUUUUACAUGCAGGGAGAACACUACAGUAGAAGUAUUUAUGAGUUGACGUCUGUUCUCUGGUAUGUUCUCAUCCCAAACUACCAGUCUUCCAUUCACACGUUCACAAAGUCUGUCAGCCUGUGCUGACUUCCAUAGACUGAACUUACAGCGGACUCACAUGCUGUGAUUUAUUUUUUAACACAUUCAGAAACAUCAGCUUUAUUCCAGCUGCACACAUUUGUCCUUAACAACAAGAGGUGCUCAUUUUAAAACCUCCGAUGGGUGCUGAUUAUCCAGUAUGGCGAUAACACAAACUCUCAGCUCUUGCAAGUGUUUUCAUUCACGAGACAGCGAUAUCACUUUGUUUUUGUCAAACCUCAGUUUGUUUUUGUCGUUUUGUUUGUUGAUGUAAUUUUGUGGUUUUAAUUAUAUGUUAUACAAAAUACACCAAUGAGCCACUGCACUGACACCAUAAGCUUUGAUUAUACAGGAAUGUUUUACUGAAAAAAACUAAAUACCACAGAGCAUCCAACUGUAAUGGAGAAUAAAAUAGUUCCUGUUCAGACCUGGCACUAACAUCUGUUCUGGGGGAUUAGAUCGUGCUUGAACAGCUCCAAAUACAGAUGUGAAUGCUCUUAAAAUACACUGAGGACAGAUGGUCUGAGCACUGAGGGUUUGGUACACUUUAAUCCAAAUUCAUCUUGACCCAGGUAGAAAAGCCAUCCUACUGCCCUGAUUUCUCCCAAUCGUCGUCGUCGUCUUCCUUCGCUUAUCUGGGUCCAGGUCGCGGGGGCAGCAUCCCAACUAGGGAGCUCCAGAUUGUCCUCUCCCCAGCCGCCUCCACCAGUUCCUCCGGCAGGACCCCAAGGCAUUCCGGGAUCAGAUUGGAGAUGUAACCUCUCCAACGUGUCCCGGGUCGACAUGGGGGCCUCCUGACGGCAGGACAUACCUGAAACACCUCCCCAGGGAGGCGUCCAGGAGACAUCCUGACCAGAUGCCCAAACCACCUCAACUGACUCCUUUCGAUCCAGAGGAGCAGUGGUUCUACUCCGAGUCCCCCCUCGAAUGUCCGAGCUCCUCACCCUAUCUCUAAGGCUGAGCCCGGCCACCCUACGGAGGAAACUCAUUUCGGCCGCUUGUAUUCGCAAUCUCGUUCUUUUGGUCAUUACCCAGCUCCCUCUUCACCACGACAGAUUGGCUCAGCGUCCGCAUCACUGCAGACGUCGAACCAAUCCGCCUGUCGAUCUCCUGACCCCUCCUACCGUCACUCGUGAAAAAGACCCCAAGAUACUUAAACUCCUUCACUUGAGGUAGGACCUCUCUCCCGACCCAGAGUUGGCAAGCCACCCUUUCCCGGUCGAGAACCAUGGUCUCAGAUUUGGAGGUGCUGAUCCUCAUCCCAGCCGCUUCACACUCGGCCACGAACCUACCCAGCAAGAGCUGAUGGUCAGAGCUGGAUGAAGCUAGGAGGACCACAUCAUCCGCAAAAAGCAGAGACGAGAUUCUCCUGCCACCAAACUUGACAUACUCCACACCACGAAUGCGCCUAGAAAUUCUGUCCAUAAAGGUAAUGAACAGAACCGGUGACAAAGGGCAGCCCUGGCCAACCCUCACCAUGAACAGGUCCGACUUACUACCGGCUAUGCGGACCAAACUCACGCUCCUCUGGUAAAGGGACUGAAUGGCCCUUAACAAAAGGCCACCCAACCCAUACUCCUGGAGCAUCCCCCACAGGGUGCCCCUAGGGACACGGUCAUAAGCCUUCUCCAAAUCCACAAAACACGUGGAUUGGUUGGGCAAACUCCCAUGCCCCCUCCAUCACCCUUGCAAGGGUAUAGAGCUGGUCUACAGUUCCAUGGCCAGGACAAAAACCAUAUUGCUCCUCCUCAAUCUGAGAUUCAACUAUCGAUUGGACCCUCCUCUCCAGUACCUUGGACUAGACCUUUCCAGGGAGGCUGAGGAGUGUGAUCCCCCUAUAGUUGGAACACACCCUCCGGUCACCCUUCUUAAAGAUGGGGACCACCACACCCGUCUGCCACUCCACAGGAACUGCCCCCCGAUGACCACACAAUGUUGCAGAGACGUGUCAACCAUGACAGCCCUACCACAUCCAUAGCCUUGAGAUACCCAGGAUGAACCUCAUCCACCCCCGGGACUCCGCCAUUGUGUAGUUGUUUGACUACCGCAGCAACUUCUGCCCCAGAGAUUGGACAGUCCAUCCCCAGGUCUCCCGGCUCUGGCUCCUCCUUGGAAUGCACGUAGGUGGGAUUGAGGAGUUCCUCAAAGUAUUCCUUCCACCGUCCGACUAUAGCCCCAGUUGACGUCAGCAGCUCCCCAUCCCCACUGUAAACUGUGUGAGCAAGUUGCUGCCUCCCUCUCCUGAGGCGCCGGACAGUUUGCCAGAACCUCUUUGGCGCUGAUCGAUAGUCUUUCUCCAUGGCCUCACCAAACUUCUCCCACGCCCGAGAUUUUGUCUCGGCAACUGCCACUGCUGCACCCCACUUGGCUAUCCGGUACCCAUCUGCUGCCUCUGGAGCCCCACAGAUCAGCCACGCCCUGUAGGCCUCCUUCUUCAGCCUGAUGGCUUCCCAAACCUCUGCUGUCCACCAGCGGGUACAGGGGUUGCCACCACGACUGGCACCGGCCACCUUGCGACCACAGCUAGCAACAGCCGCCUCAACAAUCGCAGAAUGGAACAAGGCCCACUCGGAGUCGAUGUCCCCCACUGCUCUCGGGACGAGGUCAAAGCUCUGCCGGAGGUGGGAGUUGAAGACCGUCUUGACAGGUUCUUCUACCAAGCAUUCCCAGCAGACCCUCACUAUGCAUUUGGGUCUGCCAGGCCUACGCGGCAUAUUCCCCUGCCAUUUGAUCCAACCCACCACCAGGUGGUGAUCAGUUGACAGCUCCGCUCCUCUCUUCACUCGGGUGUCCAAAACAUAUGGCCGCAGGUCAGAUGAUACGACUACAAAGUCUAUCAUGGACCUGCGAGCUAGGCUGCCCUGGUACCAAGUGUACCGAUGAGCAUCCUUAUGCUCGAACAUGGUGUUCGUUAUGGCCAAACUGUGGCUUGCACAGAAGUCCAAUAAUGAAACACCACUCAAGUUCAGAUCAGGCGGGCCGUUCCUCCCAAUCAUACCCCUCCAGGUCAUGCUAUCAUUGCCCACAUGAGCAUUGAAGUCCCCCUGCAAGACAAUGGAGUCCCCUGAUGGAGCACUAUCUAGCACUCAUCCCAGGGACUCCAAAAAGGAUGGGAAAUCUGAACUGAUAUUUGGCGCACAAGCACAAACAACAGUCAGGACCCGUUCCCUGACCCGAAGGCGCAGGGAAGCUACCCUCUCAUCCCCUGGGGUAAACCCCAACACACAGGCAGAGAGUCUUGGGGCUAACAAAAAGCCAACCCCAGCCCUCCGCCUCUCACCCGGAGCAACUCCAGCAAAGGAGAGUGUCCAACCCCUCUCAAGGACUCGGGUUCCAGAGCCAAUGCUAUGUGUCGAGGUGAGUCUGACUAUAUCUAUCCGGUACCUCUCAACCUCUGCCACAAGCUCCUGCUCCUUCCCCACCAGCGAGGUGAUGUUCCAUGUCCCAAUAACCAGUUUCCUUGUCCGGGGAUCGGACCGCCAAGGCUCCCACCUCGGUCCACCACCCGAUCCACACUGCACCGGACCCUUCAUGUUCCUCCAGCGGGUGGUGGGUCCACAGUUGGCUGAGCCCAUGUAUCCAGUUCGGGCUGGGCCCAGCCGGGCUCCAUGGGCGAAAGCCCGGCCACCAGGCACUCGCUCAUGGGAUUUCUCUCAAUCACAGAAAUAAAUUAUUUUCAAACCAUGCCUGUUUCAGUCAUGGUUUCGCUAGUUCACUGUCUUACAUGCUCAUCAGAAAACGAAACUGUUGCCCUAAAUAGACCGAUGUUGUUUUUCUAAUAUCAAUGUAAACACGUUAGUUUUGCUGAAGACGAACUGAGUCUAAUCGUGCUGAAGCACCCAGAUAAUGCGGUAGACGUGAACACCAGCUACCGCGUUAGCUAACCUAAACUUUAGGUUAAUAUCAAACAUGAUGAAAUGAGUCAUUUGGUGUCAGUUUUACUGUGAGGGCUAAACUUACAGCACAGUUUUGUUGGACAUCGAUUCCAUGUUUUUCCCUCUCGGACGGUCCUACUAAGAGACUGUGACUACUUGACUCUGACGAGGGAAUACGGAGCUAACAGAAACCUGACACGGGUAAGGUACCUAUUAUUUUAUGGCUAUUUUUCUAAGCAAAUUUCUAAAUGCUGUUGUGGACCACAGGUUAAGUCGGUGCUUGUCUUGUAAUUGGGUUCAAUUCCAAUGUUUUAACUUUAUUUUAUUAAACUAAGCUCCAAUUUUAAAAACCUGUCCCUACUGCAGUGCAUAUUGCAAUAAAAUAUCUAACAAACACAUACUUAUUUCAAACUAGUUAAAAAUGAUUGUCCCCACUAGUCUUCAAGCCACACUCACAUUUGUGUAUGACGUCCUCACCACUUUUAAUAAACACCCUUGGCUUUAACCAACUGGUGUCAAUUAGUUCCACUAAACCUAGUUACUUAAAUGUAAAAACUAAUGUACAUUUACUUUCAACAUAUCAACAUGUAACAGUGUAUAUUACUCUUUAUAUUCAGUCAAUUAGGUUUAAAGGAACCAGUGGAAAUAAUUAGGUUAAAUUUAUUAAACAUUUCAUUUAUUAGAGUGUAUAUUUGAAUUUUAAUGCUGGGAGUGAACUUGUGACCAAUUCGGUCAGGAUGAAUUGUUAAUAUCGGGCCUGAACAGGAGCCAAAGAGGAGAAAGUGCCUAACAGAACUGCUAAAUGCCCAGAUGUAGAUUUAAUGAAGGACCUGGGAAAACAGACCAGAAACUGACUUGUUGGAUCUGACCUAAACAACAUCAGGAUGGUGGUUUUAUUGUUGUGGCUGAUUGCUGUAUACAGGAGUGUAACUCAUCAUGGUGCUAUCAUGUAUGUGCUUGAGGAGAACAAUUCUUUGUAAAGGGAUUUGGGGCGGAAUAACUUAUAUAUAUAUAUAUAUACAGAAGUAUUGUGAAGCAUUGUGUUUUAUUUUGUCCAUAUAACAAGCCAAACUGGUUCAUGAUCACCUCAAUGUCUGUUUCAUUGCAUUCUUGUUCUGUGGAAGUGACUAACAUAUUUUAAUAAAAGUACACAGAGUAAAUUUGA